AGGCCCUACCUGGAUCAUGCAAGUGGCUCUAGCCGUCAUUCGCAUCCUUCGCGAACCUCUGAUGCGCCUCAACGCCUCCACUGCCCGCGAUCAAGCCCUCGCUCUGCUUCUCCACCCACCUUCGGCAGAGCUUACACCUGAAAACGUCAUGACCUGCGCGAUCAGUGUCAAGCUCAAGGACGGAGAGAUGAGGAAGCUUUCUAGGAAUGCUUCGAAGCUUGUACGCGGAUCGAAGAACAGCUUGCCUUCCCCCGGUGGGGCUAGCAUUGGAGGUGGGAGCGAAGCAGGAAGCAACCUGGCAUCGCUGCGCUGAUUGAUCCUCAGCAAUGGUGCACGCAGGCCCGUAACGGCGAGGAGUUGCAGGGCUUGCGAUGACGACGAGAGGCGAGGGAGGGAGUUGCGUGCAUGCUCGAGAUCUAGACUAUCAUCCUCUGUCCGUUACUCUACCCAUUACUACGACUAUAGAACGACUACAAUUUGCAUCACAUUCAUUUGUCAAGG